CUUCCUCCUCCUCCUCCACAGCUGUUGCUACUGCCGCCCAGCGAGCAGCACUUCCCUGCAGCAGACAGACGAUCCAGAGGCUGGGGGAUCAGUAAAGACACAACCCAACCCGUCUCAGCACAGCUCGGCACAGCCCGGCUCAGACGCUCGAAGAGAGCCUGGGGAGGGGAUACACUGCAACACAUUCACACACACACACAAACACACGCGCGCACGCACACGAGCGCGCUCGCGCUAGUGUGAUCAGACACACACUCCUCCUCUCUCUCGCGUUCUCUCUCUCGCUCUCUCACUUCGGUGCUCGGUUCUGCACUGCUCCUUCACUCAUUCGCUGCCGAUUCACUCACUCCCUCGCUUGCCUCUCCUCUGCCAGUCGCUCUGCCUUGCUGCGUUCUGCCUGCCUUCCCCCUGCCCGCCUGCCUGCCUGAGAAUGGUCCAGCCGGUGCCUAAGGGUCUGCUGUCGCGGCCUGUCUGAAUGCGCGCAUAAACACACAGAGCCAGUCGACACACGGAAGCUCAUGCGCACAGAACUGGAGCGCAAUGUGAGAGAGGAAGUGCCUUCCCUGAUGUCUGCUGCAGCUUUGACCUGCUUCUACAGCUGAAGCUCCAUCCCUCCCCUSUCCCCUCGCUCGCUCGCUUGCUGCCACAGUUUUAAGAGUAAAGGGACAACGGCCACGCCCUUCCCYGUUGCUCCACCAUCAGCAUCCACUCCAACAUCAGCCCUACUCACCAGACGACCCUCGCUGCUCACCACCAGCUGACCAGCCUUACCACUGCACCGCCAGGCCCCACAAACAGCAUUUCACCCACCUUGCCUUUCACCAUCGCCUUCAGCCCCUUAAGGCCUCUGUUCAGUCCUCAGUGUCCUUAACCUUCCUGAAGCAGACUAUACAGACYGUCACCUUUGUUGCCUGCUUCACUGCACCCAACCAGAGGGCUCUCUCUUUUUGGAUGUUGCAUAAGAGAGUAAGCAAUAAACACAAACAGUGAGGAGGAACAAGUUGGUAGGCUAAGACAUCUCCCGGAUAUCUCGGACCUUUUGCCAGAUGCUGUUUUGCAUCGGGAAAAUGACUCAUUAACGUCCACAGCAAAACACUGUCCUGCAGCAUUUCACCAAGGCGUACGUUUCUGAAUGUUUCAUUUCAGCUUGUCACAAGCAGCAACGAUACYAAGGAAGACAUUUAAAACAAGGCAGGACAAUUGUGGAUUAAAACACUAGAAGAAGUACUUUAUCCGCACUUGAACGUAUCUUUGCUAGGAACACCUUUUGCCUGCGUUUCGCCAUGGCCAUGAACAUAGCACACAUCCGCGACACAAAGUGGCUCACACUGGAAGUAUGCCGGGAAUUUCAGAGGGGCACGUGCUCGCGCUCCGACCAGGAGUGCAAGUUUGCCCAUCCGGCCAAGAGCUGCCAGGUGGACAACGGACGGGUGAUUGCUUGCUUCGACUCCCUCAAGGGCCGUUGUUCCAGGGAGAACUGCAAGUACCUGCACCCUCCUCCCCAUCUAAAGACCCAGCUGGAGAUCAAUGGCAGAAACAAUCUGAUUCAGCAGAAGAAUAUGGCCAUGCUGGCCCAGCAGAUGCAGCUUGCCAAUGCUAUGAUGCCCGGCACGCAGCUACCCCCCAUGCCCAUGUUUUCAGUGACACCAGGCCUGGCGACCAACGCCAGCGCAGCAGCAGCUGCUGCCGCUGCAGCCUUUAAUCCCUACCUGAGCCCUGUGUCUCCGAGCCUGAUGCCUCCGGAGAUCCUGCCCAGCACCCCCGUGCUUAUGGCCUCCAGCCCCACCGUCAGCCAAGUUCCCAAUGCUGCUGCUGCCGCAGCCCAGAAACUGCUGAGAACAGACCGGCUUGAGGUGUGCCGGGAGUACCAGAGGGGAAACUGUGCUCGGGGGGAGGGCGAGUGCCGCUUCGCUCACCCUGCAGACAGCACCAUGAUCGACACCAAUGACAACACCGUCACUGUGUGCAUGGACUACAUCAAGGGCCGRUGCACCAGGGAAAAGUGCAAGUACUUUCACCCCCCGGCCCACCUGCAGGCCAAAAUUAAGGCCACCCAGCAUCAGGUGAACCAGGCCACGGCUGCCGCGGCCAUGACUCAGUCGGCUGUCAAAUCACUGAAGCGACCCCUCGACGCAACCUUUGACCUGGGCAUCACUCCUAGUGUCAUGGCUCCCCUCCCAAAGCGGGCGGCUCUGGAGAAGGCCAACGGGGCCGCAGCCAUGUUUAACACUGGCAUGCUUCAGUACCAACAAGCCCUGGCCAGCAUGCAGUUUCAGCAGCAAGCUGCUUUCCUCCCAUCAGGCUCAAUAUUGUGCAUGACACCUGCAGCCAGCGUUGUUCCCAUGAUGCACGGUGGUUCUCCAGCCWCUGUAUCUGCAGCCACCACAUCUGCCACAAGCGUUCCCUUCGCAACUGCCUCCACCAAUCAGGACUCUUCCUUAUCAAAGUUGACUACCAACGAAUACAUGCAAUUGAUUCCAAUAAUAUCUGCAGAUCAUCUGAGUAGUCACAAGUACUUGACUCAAAUGUAGUUCCUCUUAAAAACAAUCAAAAUGAAUGUGUGCUGGCACCGUCCAAGCCAAAAGAGUUAAGCCUUUAUGUACAUAACCUUCAGAAUGUCAAGCAAUGGGACAAGGAGGGUCAGCCAUCUCUUAGCCUGUCCACAACRAGGGACUCGUCACAUGCGUCAAGGGUACAAACACACGAUCUGUGCCAUCUUCCCACAUAUCAAUAUCCAGAAGAAUUCGCCGUCAGAAUCGACGUCCAGCCGAGAAGAAGAAGAAGAAGGGGAUGAGUUGGUGGAAACAAUCGCGUAACGCCUCUGUGUCUAACUGAAUCAUACCACUCAGUUUGCUCUACUUGUUAUCAUAACUGCAUGCACAGAAGGUUAAGGGCGUUGUUGCUACAAGACAACAUCUAGUGCUGGUACGUUGACAGACCAAGAGUUUUCCUUCCUCUAUUAUUGUUUCUUUUCUUUUUUUUUGUCAGCUUUAUUUUUAAUCAAUAGCCAUAUUUCAUAGUUUACAAGUGGAAUGCAGAUAUGCACCUUGAAUUUAAUUGAAAUCUAAAAGGCACAAUGAUAUUAUAAUUUUUUUUUUAUUUUUUAUUUUUUUUAUUCUCUCUGCCAAAUGCAUUGGGCAUGUACAGUAUUGUGUUUUACGGCUACUAGUGAAACUAGAUGUUGAAAUGAGGGUCUUGGACAUAUGAAUGUUCUGGGUAAACCAACAUACCUGUGUACCUUGAAAGCACAGCCAGGCUAGCUUGUCUCACCUUGUCAUGUGCCAUCAAGGCCAUACAGCUAAAACCAGAGUGUUAUCUCAGCAGUGUUAUUUGUUUACCGAAGGUAAAACUUUUGUAUGGCUCUUUUUGUAUUGUUUUCUUUUAGAAUCUCCAUUCUGA